GCGGGCUGCACCGCCCACCCGGAAGCGGUUGGGCCGGUUGCAGGGGGCGGUUGGCGGCGCGGGCUGUCUGUCCGUGCGUCUGUCUGUCUGGCAGGCAGGCAGGCAGGCAGGCAGGCAGGCGCGUCCCGCCGGCGGCCGCGGGGCGCAGGGCAGAGGCCCGGCCCGGCCCGGCCCGGCCGCCCCGCAGCCCGCGAUGCCCUCGGAGUGCCGGCCGCGCUGGCCACGCCGCGGGGCAUGGUGAGCCCGGGGCGGCCGCUCCCCGCGGGGACACGGCAGGCGGCCUCUCCGCUCCGCCUUAGCCUCAUCCUCCUCCUCAUCCUCCUCCUCCUCCUGCUGCUGCUGCUGCCGCGGGGCAGCGGGGCGCAGAAAGGUGAUGGAUGUGGACACACCGUUCUGGGUCCUGAAAGUGGAACUCUUGCUUCCAUAAACUACCCGCAGACCUCUCCAAAUAGCACAGUUUGUGAAUGGGAAAUUCGUGUAAAGCCUGGGCAGCGAGUUCAGCUCAAAUUUGGAGAUUUUGAUAUCGAUGACUCAGAUUCUUGUCAUUCCAGUUACUUAAGGGUUCACAAUGGGGUUGGACCCACCAGGACAGAAAUAGGAAAAUACUGUGGGUUUGGCUUUCAAAUGGAUGGUGUAAUUACUUCAAAAGGUAAUGAAAUCACAGUACAGUUCAUGAGUGGAACACACACUUCUGGACGUGGAUUUCUUGCAGCUUAUUCAACCACUGACAAAUCAGACCUAAUUACCUGUUUAGACAAUGCAAGUCACUUUUCCGAACCAGAAUUCAAUAAGUAUUGUCCAGCUGGGUGUGUGAUUCCUUUUGCUGAUAUUUCAGGCACUAUUCCCCAUGGAUACAGAGACUCGUCAUCGCUUUGUAUGGCUGGUGUUCACGCAGGCGUUGUGUCAAAUACUCUGGGUGGCCAAAUUAAUGUUGUGAUCAGCAAGGGCAUUCCGUACUACGAAGGCUCCCUGGCUAACAAUGUCACCUCAAAAGCGGGACCAUUAUCUACAAGUCUCUUCACAUUCAAGACAAGCGGUUGCUAUGGGACACUGGGGAUGGAAUCUGGGGUAAUCCCGGAUACCCAGAUCACAGCUUCAUCUGUUCUGGAGUGGUCUGACCAAACAGGACAAGUGAACAUUUGGAAACCUGAAAAUGCCAGACUAAAAAGGGUUGGUCCUUCGUGGGCUGCUUUUAUCAGCGAUGAACAUCAGUGGUUGCAGAUUGACUUGAAUAAAGAAAAGAGAAUAACAGGUAUUAUAACAACUGGAUCAACCUUAGCAGAGUACUACUAUUACGUCUCAGCCUACAGAAUUUUAUACAGUGAUGAUGCACAGAAAUGGACAGUAUACAGAGAACCUGGCAUGGAUAAAGAUAAGAUAUUUCAAGGGAACACUGAAUUGUACCAGGAAGUUCGCAAUAAUUUCAUUCCACCUAUUAUCGCACGCUUUUUUAGGAUUAACCCCUUAAAAUGGCACCAGAAAAUUGCAAUGAAAGUAGAACUGCUAGGAUGUCAGUUCAGUAUAGGCCGUGCUCCUAAAAUCACUGUGCCUCCACCACCUCAGAAUAAGAAUGAUGACAAGAAUGAUGACUUCAGUGAUGACUUCAUUCAUUCAGUGAAGACUUCAUUGCAGACAGAUAAAACAACUUUCACACCUGAAAUAAAAAACACCACAGUGACUCCAAGUGUAACCAAAGAUGUGGCAUUGGCAGCAGUUCUGGUUCCAGUGCUGGUGAUGGUCUUCACUACUCUGAUUCUUAUCUUAGUUUGUGCCUGGCAUUGGAGAAACCGCAAGAAAAAAACAGAGGGCACUUACGACCUACCUUACUGGGAUCGUGCAGGAUGGUGGAAAGGGAUGAAGCAGUUUCUCCCGACCAAAUCAGCAGAACACGAGGAAACUCCUGUACGCUACAGCAGCAGUGAAAUUAGUCACCUAAGACCGAGAGAAGUCCCAACAAUGCUGCAAACAGAGUCUGCAGAGUAUGCUCAGCCACUGGUAGGGGGAAUUGUCGGCACGCUUCAUCAGAGAUCAACCUUUAAACCAGAGGAAGGGAAAGAGGCAAGUUACGCUGAUUUGGACCCAUACAAUUCACCCAUACAAGAAGUUUACCACGCUUAUGCUGAACCACUACCAAUAACUGGACCAGAAUACGCAACUCCAAUAGUCAUGGACAUGUCCAGCCACCCCAGCACGCCUCUUGGUGUUCCUUCCAUUUCCACCUUCAAAGCUGCAGGGAAUCAAGCUCCUCCUCCACUGGUUGGAACUUACAACAAACUGUUAUCAAGGACAGACAGCACAUCAUCAGCACAGGCGCUAUAUGAUACACCAAAGGGGCAACCAGGGCCAGGUGCUGCCGCCGUCGAAUUGGUGUACCAGGUACCACAAAGUGUGGCCCACUCCACUGGGGGUAAGGAUGAACUAAGUUAGCUCACGGAUACGGUAGAAUGAUGGCUUGUUUUUAAAAGCCAGUUCCAUAAAGCUGACAGUUUCAUUUUUUAAUCGCAUUGUUUUGAUAUUGUUAGUCUUAAAUAAUAUGAUGUUGAACCAAAAGAUGUGGUUUUGGAGGUCUGGGAAAACAGUAAUUCUGUCUUUCCUUAAGCUGUAUAUAUAAUUACAGCUUGUUUCCUGCAAAACUGUGGACUUCUUUAUUACUACUGUACAAUUGUCUGUCAGACAUGAGAGAAGAACUCUUCAAGAAUUGCUUCAGUAAUUCAUAGAUGUGAAUGAUAAAUUGGGAGAAACAGUUUACACUACAAAAGCCAAUAAUUUCUUGCUAAUGGUACUAUUUCGGGGGGGGGAAGGGGCAAGCCUCAAACCCCAAAACUCCUAACUUUAAGAUGUAGAUGUAAGCAUGAUCGCUUCUAAAAUGCCUGCACAACUUUGGUCUUUAAAAACCUCCUUAACUUCAUGGCAUAAAAUAGUUUUGAUUCGCAAUUAUGUUAUUUCAGCUUUUGCUCACAGGAUUAGGAAUUCUCAGCUGCGUGUUUGUUCCUCAAGUUUCCCACUGUUCUUGUUAGCCUUCCAAAACUAGAACCUGUUUUCUGCCUCAUCUCCUUAAGCUUCCUAGGGAUCCAGUAGGCACAAAGUCAUACAGGCAAACUACAUGGCAACUGCUUUUACAAUUUUCCUACGAAAUGAAGGCUACUCUGAACAGUCUGCCUUGAAUUCAGACUUCCCUGAUGGUCAGCGUGCAAGACACAUCCAGGCGUUUGAGGUGACUGAAUUCGGAAUGAUUCUCCCUGUCCCCCUGCCCCAUCCCCAUUCCAAGUAUCUAUUGUUGUGUGUUAAGAAGGGAGUUUACACAAAGAAAGAUAUGUAUAUACUUUUGUGAGUGCGUAAGGAAGCACACAAAUAAUCUAAUGAUGCACAGUUUGAAUUAUACAUGCAUUUAGCACAUAUGGUACAUUUUAGCACAACUGAAGAACUUUGGCCUUAGGGCUUUUCUUAUGAUUGUUCGUAUUAGAAGUAUAAAAGAUUCCAAAACGUUUGCAAGCAAACCAGUACUGUUCCAAAGAGUGUCUGUUUCAGAAGCGUUUAAUUGAAUUUGUAUUCUUCACAUGUCCCAGCGUUCUCUACUAUGAAAACACUGCAGUCAGUCUUCUAUUUGAGAUAACAUAGGCUAGUUUUAGCUAGGUAAUCACAAGAUGAAAACAAUUUGGAUUUCAUAGUUGGCAUUUUUUAAUCUUAUUAGAAACAAAGCACAGCUUUUUAACCUAAGUAGUAGGAAAAAAAAAAAACCAAUAAAAAUGCUUUAUUUUUAUUGUAACAGCACUGUUGGGAGGAUGCUGAAUUGAUUUUCACCUGUGAAACCUCCUACCUAUGCAUGAGCCCAGUUUUAUGGACUUCAGUGGUUACUGUUUGUUUCUGUGAUACAACUCAAGUCAGCCUUGUUUAUUGCCCAGGGUCCUUAAACUAGGUGGAGAACAUGCAAAUCAGAACUAAAACAAUGUUCAAGAGAGCUGCUGCCAUGUCUUUAUAUGAGUACGGUAUCCUAACUUACCACUUGAAAAUUUUGCACAGGGGGUCUAUAUAACUAUAAACUCAGCAAUCCAAAAUUAUUGUGGCCUGUUCAAUAUCCAGAAUGUGUUAUUACAUACUCUGUGCCCAAUUCUACCAUUUUUUGAUUCGUCAUUCUUAUUUAUUGAGAAUGGUUGUUUGAUUUUUAUUUUUUUUUUUAAGAAUUAGGUGCCUAAGCCUAAAUGUGAAUGUAAGUAAGGGCGGUAUAUAAGACCCAGUCAUGAAAGAAAUUCCUACCUAUAGCUGUACUUUUGACAUUACUGCAACUUAUUCUGCUUGAUAAAGCUAGUCUGCAAUCUUUGUAGUUUUGCUUAAACAGGUAAGUGUUCUUACACAUCAGCAGCAACUAUGACUUCAAAACUAUCUGAAAGGGGCAGGAGGUUAUUUAUUUGCACCAAGAUGUGACAUUUAUUCCAGCCAAGUUCAGAAACCUCUGCAGUCUCAAAGUGUACCAGUUUAGGCUUAGAAAAGUUAAUCUACCAUAAAAAUAAAUGGAAGUGUUCAGUAAAAUUAACACACCUAGAUUUAAUUUUUACUGUAAGCUAGGUAUGGUAGAAGUGAGGCUGUACUGUAGGCUAAGAUGGUGUAAGAAUUAAACAGCUUUGCUGCAGCAGGUUAUUUUUUUUUAAGCUACUGUAACGCAGUUUCAUUAUCUGAGCAGUAUGAGCUGUUGAGCAGAAUGGUUGUUUUUAAGAAUUUAAGUCCCUCUUCUGAAAGAAAUUGGACCCAAGCUUUGUUCCUUGCUCUCAACUUUGGACAUGUUAGCUCCUAGGGCUAAGAUAAAUUUGAAUAUGUAAUGGUUGGGUUUAAAAUGUAUGCUGCAAGCUGUUAAAAAUUGAUUCCCCGAUGUAAGUUGCAUGAGACACUUAAGUAUUCUCCUGUGCACAAUAAAAGCAGAGGUACAUUUAAUGGGUCCCUUUCUUCUACAUGUGAAGUCACAUGGAUAUAAAACGUAUUUCAAUCUUGUUGGGCUUGAGCAUUCUCCCAGAAUGUAUGUUCUUACCUCAGCAUGUAUUGUAGUUGCUCAGUAUUUGUAUAUGUUGCUAGAACUUAGGCUGUAAAAAUAGUGAGGGUUUUUAAUAUGUAUGUUAAAAAGUAUUUUAAAUAAAUUGUACAUACGUAUUACUCAGUAUGUUUGUAUUUAA